CCGGGCCUAUGUACCAAUGGCUGCUGGGGGCCCUGGGCGCCCUCCUCGCCGCCGCCGCCCGCCGCGCCGCGCCGCUCCCGGCCCCGCCGCCGCGCAAGAGGCCGCACCGCAGCAUUCAGUCACCUCUGGAAGAUCCUGACCAGACUCAAGCCAAAAAGCGAAAAUCAGGUUACGCCAUCUGUAAGCCUAAAGAAAGAGUUGAAGAAGUUUCUGCUGUGGUGAAGUUUCCAGCCGAGGCAGCAAAUAAACACUGGAAGGCUUUGGUUAGCAAUGCAGCUCCAAGCGCGGAGUCUGCAGAAGAGACUCAGUCCACUGCUUCUAACGAUUUACCCAAUAGACCGGGAGGUUGUGCACAAGAUAUAGAAAUGCUGCAAGUUGAUAAAAUGCCUUGUGGAACCAAUGCUCACUUGAAUAAAGAGGCAUUGUCCCUUUCCCAUAAGACAAUCCCUUGCUUGAGCACAAGCAGGAAUGGCAAACACCAGAUCAAACCAACUCUAGAAGACGCCUUAACACUGAGGCCACCCAUUAGGGAGCACACUAUGCUAGAAUCCACAACGUCAGAAUCUGGCAAAAUGGGGAGGUCUUUUUGUACUGCUGAAGAGGAUGUCCAGAGAGGAGAAAAGGAGAAAUACAAACAACUCUUAAAACUAGUAAAGGAAAAGUAUCCUAGAAGCUGCCCUAUUCCUCAGUCUACAAACUUAUGCAAUACUCAAGCCUACUCUAAGGAACCAGUGAUGACUGCAAGUCGCCUGGAAGAACAAAGACGUGGAGAAGACGUCUACCAAUGUAUGACACUAAAAAACAGUAUCAAAUGCGCUGAUGCUUGCAGCCCGCAGUGGUCACAGAAAAAUGAUAUGAUCAGGUACUACACACCAGCAGAAAAUUCUCAUGAACAGGGAAGACCAGUGAAACAGGCCAGUUCAGGGAGACAGCGUGGGGCUGAAAUCUCAGAAGAAGUGUCAUUUAGAUUACAUCUGGCUCCUGUUUUGUCCAGAAAGUCAUCUGCUUUUGAUGUGGAAGAGAAGAAAUUCCCAAGCUCAGAAAAAAGAGUAGAAGGCCUUUCUCUGCUCACAGAGGCCAUGGAGAGAGAGGUCACUGCUGCAUUUAAUGAAGGUGAGCCUGAUGAGAUCAUGAGCAGUGCCUUCAAACUAAAGGUCACUCGUGAGGACAUCCACACGCUAAGGAACCUCCACUGGCUAAAUGAUGAGAUCAUUAAUUUCUACAUGAAUCUUCUGGUGGAAAGAAGUAAGAAAGAUGGAUAUCCAGCGCUUUAUGCUUUUAGUACUUUCUUCUAUCCCAAGCUAAUUUCUGGGGGUUACAAAGCAGUAAGAAGAUGGACCAGAGGUGUGGAUCUGUUCAAGCAGGACCUCAUUUUAGUGCCCAUUCACUUAAGAGUGCACUGGGCGCUAGCGGUUAUAGAUGUCAGAAGGAAGAGCAUCAAAUACUUUGACUCAGUGGGACAAAAGGGUGACAAGAUUUGUGAAACUUUGUUCCAAUACCUACAGGAAGAAAGCAAGGAAAAAAGAAAUCUGGAGCUGUCUUUUUCAGAGUGGAUUCUUCACAGCAUGGAGUCACAUGAAAUUCCUCAGCAACUUAAUGGAAGCGACUGUGGGGUUUUUAUGUGCAAAUAUGCAGAUUAUGUCUCCAGAGACAAACCGAUCACUUUCACACAGAAUAACAUGCCUUACUUCCGCAGGAAGAUGGUGUGGGAAAUAAUCCAUCAGCAGCUGCUGUGAGACAUGCACUAUUAGAAUAACACUGUGAUCACCACGUGGUGACUAACUCUGAUUUUAAUUAUUUUUCUAAUGCCUUAUUUCAAAAGGCAGCAGGCACACAAAUUUUCCUCUUUAGGCUAUAAAGUAGUGGUUCAUUUUUUUUUUUUUCCUUCCAAUUUUUGGAGACGAUAACUCUCUUUGAAAUUAGCUAAUGCACCAUAAGUGCAAGAUGAAGACUGCUGAGCCCUUGCCCAAGGAAUGGUUAAGAACAGGUGCUAUGUGAACCUCUGCUUAUACCUUGCAGCACAUGUGGGCUGGAUUAGACAAAUGAGACUUAUCUAUGGUGGUAACAAUUCUGUUACCAAAGCUUAUCUCCAUAAGGACAACGUGCUUAGCUACUGUUUCCUCAAGGAGAGUUUUCUUCUAUUUCUGGAAUAUCCACGAUCUACUUGAUUCCUAAAACUGGAUUUGUGAUGACCAUAAGAAGAAAGCAUUUACAGUCUUUGAUUUGUAACAAAUCCGUAGUGAAGCCCCUAUAGUUGGGGUUUGUUUUAUUUUUUUGUGCGUCUCCAAGGAAAUAUCUAAUGUGAAAAGAGAAGUAUUUAUUUCUUUUCUUUAUUAAAAUAAAUAUGUAACUUAUAUAAAA